AGAGCGCCGAGCAAAAUCUCCGAUGACGCUUUUCUAUUGAUCAAAAAAAUAAUACGUUUUUCUAGCUCUCAUUUGAAUUGUUCGCGGGCGUUACCCUUCGACGAUGCAACAUAUUUUUUGAUUUUUAAUGCCAAGGCUCAUUUCGAUCACCAGCAGUAACCUCGCCAAUUUCAUUCGUUCCCUUAAAAAUUGCGUCUACUCAAAGCCCUGACAUAGUAUUUCGUGUAACAAUGAGGUGAUUUUAAAGGCAAUUAGGUUUACGCGGCAAAUUACGGAUGCUGCUUGUGUCUCUUUUGAUUUGCCUCUAUGUGGAAAAAGCGUCGCCAGUGGAGCAAUGCGCGCAAGUGAAGUGACAAGGAACGUUUCGAAAAAUUGAAUUAAGUAUCGUACUCGUGCGCGGUGCCUUGCGCCGUAUGGCCUUAGCUCGUCGGAAUCGCCUAUUUACGAAUCGAGAACUGAAAAUUACCACCGGGUUAUCCCGGCGGUGAAGGCGUCGCUUGCCUGCUAGAAACGAAGCAGCUGAGGAAUUGGCCAAGAUGACCAAACGGAGCGGGACCGCCAACCGUCGUUCGGAUAAAUUAGGCCGAAGUCAAAGGCAUCCUUGUGAUCCGAAGCAACCUUAUGUACCACCGCCCCCCGGUAAGUUGCCUCCUGACUUUGUCGCGACUUCACAUGAUGAUCAUUCCCCUCCUCCAGGUCACGGGACCUGUGCUGCGGAGACGAACAAUAAUGCUUACCGGGAACCUCAGGUCUCUGCCCACAUCGCAGCCGUCAAGGGCGGUCGCACACUUUCUCGUAGUUAUCGUGGGCGGAAUGAGUCAGAUCCAAUUUCGGGCGCUCAGCCCAACGACUCGUCAACGCGGGUUAACAAUCUAUCGGCAAGUAAAAUGAAUGCCGGUUUUUCAGGUGAAAGUUCUUCCCGAAAAUAUUCAGACCAAAACAUUCUUGAAACAACCUCUACACCAGUGAUUCGUCCCGUCGUUAACCCAAUUAGAGUUCAGGGAGCUGCAGAUGUAGUAAGGUUAACCCAACCAAGCGAAACGCGAAAAAGUCACCGAGGGGAUAAACCGAAGCUGUUGCCGAUCGCUCCGGUUAAACAGAGAACGACGAUAGCCGGAGUUCGCCCAUUCAAUAAUGCUCGUAUGACAAUUAAAGCCGCUGUGCGUAUCACGGGUAAACCAAUUGCUCGUACAGCGAUGAAGAACGUCCUUGGACGGGUGACAGCCAGACCGCCCGUGAUACGUAAGGACCACAGAAACACGUCUCCAACGUUCGGUAUUAGUACCCCAAAAGGUUCAACGACACCAAUCGAAGUGCGGUCUACAAUUCCAGUAGACGUUCAUGGUACAAUGAACGCUCCGAGUUUUAUGAUCCACCGAGUCCUCACACACGAGUACUUCUUAACAGAAUCAGCGUGUACGAUAGAAGACGAGCACGGUGUUGCUCAUAAAGUGAACAAGAAGGCUGUAUUUACCAAGACCCGUAAAGAUGCCGACCGAAUCGUGGCCAAAGCAGAAUACCUACUUGAGUGUUUCGUUAAACAGGAACGGAAAAUUAAACCUAGUCGAACGCCAAGGGAGCACUUCACUAUGGAACAAACAUGUCGGACAGCCUUUGAGCUUUUUUUUCGAGUACGUAAGUCCAGACUCGGCUGCGAUGACAUUCGUGAAAGCCUCGAAAAUUUGGCGUUUCUCUUCGACUACCUCAUCGUGGAUUCGCCAACAGUGGCCGGGUACUUAGCCAGUUUGCUACGACGACUUAUAAUGAUCAUGGAGGAGAUAGCACCAUUACUCGAGAAAGGUUCUGGAAUAGCACCAACAGACUGGACCGCUCUCCGAAUGCAUUACAAAACCGAAGAGGAUAACCUUCGCGAACGACUGGAGCCGCCUAUCGCGAUUCCACCGAUGGGACUGAUUUCUGGCGAUGUCAUACUCGGUGCCGGUGGUUUCGGCGCUGUCUACAAGGCGCGAUUUGCCGGAUCGAUUCGAUGCUCCGUCAAAUUAGUUGACGACAACAUGUUUAAAUGGGAACAGCAUGCCUGUGUUGACAAAGUUGUCGGUUCGCUGAUCAAUCAUCCGCUAUUAGUGAAGUACCACGCGUGUUUCACUGCACAGGGAGCCUACAUCACGAUCAUGGAAUAUAUUAGAGGUGUUGAUCUUGACCGCGUGGUACACACAGCAAAAGGACUGCCCAUGCGUGUACUUCGCCCAGUUGUUGCGCAGCUUGGAAUCGCGACACAAUAUCUUCAUUUUAAAGGCUUUAUACAUCGUGACAUUAAGCCUUCAAAUUUGAUAAUCAUGCCCGGUUGCAGACUGAAAAUGAUCGACUUCGACACCGUUAAGAUCUGUAUUGGGAUGUUCUCAAAGAAGCGGCUAAAGUGUUUUUUUCGUAGGACUUACACAGAGUUCAACGAUCGCGAGACGGCCGGUACGCCCAACUUUUUCCCGCCGGAGUUCAUCAAGUGCGCUGCCUAUGGUCGAUCAGUAGAUUGGUGGGCCAUUGGCGUAACAGCAUACGAGAUGUGCUUCGGAAAAACGCCUUUCCGAGGGGAAAAUGACGAAGAGCUCGAAGCAGCUAUUCAGGCUGUGAACUACAAGUUUCCAGUAAAAGGUCCGAGAGGAAAAUACUAUCUUGAAUUCAAGGACCUCGUGGCACGCCUCAUAAAAAAACGGGCUUCAGAGCGGUUAUGUUCGCGUCGAUAUAGCGAUUUCCUAGCUCACCCAUUCUUCGAAGGCUUGGAUCUAAAUGCGUUGGAAGAUGGUUCACACUUCAUCGAGUACGACGGUGUCACAAGCCUGAUGCAGCCGAGCAGCGAAAAUCCUGAUGAUUUCUCUCCAAAAAUUUCAGAUGAACUGCAGGCCACAAGAGCCGAAUAUCUUGAACCGGAAAAAACAAAGGAUGCCGUGGACCAUUGUCCACUGUAUACGUUUGUGUCAACGACCUUCCAGAAUGCGGUGAGAAAGGCAAUGCGUGACGAACCAGUGAGUCAUGAAGACGCUCAAGAGCCACCAGAAAUUGGCGUCGUCAAUCCGCCUCUGCAAGACGCCAGAUCGUACAAAUUUAACGCAUACAUGAAAUAAUGGUCGUGUUUUAUGGUGGCUGUAUUCCGUAAUAGUGUGAUAAUUUUGAUCUUUUAAAAUAAGCGAUAGAUAGAUAAGUUAACUAGAAGAAUGGACGGACGUAUUACCAAACACGCAAAUGUAAAUGACAAUCGGAAAUGUUUGCCGUAGAUUUCAAACCAGACGAAACAAGGAACAUUUACAACAAAAGAUUACACCUAGGGUUGAUGCGGUGAUCGUGGUUGUCCCGAAUCAAGCUUCCUGUCAAUCCUGUGAUUAUGAAUAAACUAAUUUUUCCAUUGGGUAUACACAUUAUGUGAAUAUGAAAUAAAUGAG